AAUUACAAGAUCGAGUUGUGGGGAGAACAGUCAGUCCUGCUGCAAACUCCAAACUUUGUAAAAUAAAUUCCUACACCUUUUGAUGCUCGAGCCGUAAAACCAUGGCAGACGUCAAGGUGAAACAAGAAUCUGCAGAUCAUGCGGCUCUAGAGAGCAGGAUUUUAGAGCUUUGUCAGCAGUUCCCACAUGGCAUCACGGACCAGGUUAUUCAGAACGACAUGCCACAAGUGGAGCCCAAGAAAAGGGCGUUGGCCAUUAACAGGCUUCUCUCAAUGGGGCAGCUGGAUCUGCUGAGGAGUGCUGCCGGUCUGCUUUACCGAAUGAAGGACUCUCAGAUUGCAAGCAAAAUGAAGGGUUCUGACAAUCAGGAGAAACUUGUUUAUCAGAUUAUAGAAGACGCCGGGAACAAAGGUAUAUGGAGUAGGGAUAUUCGAUAUAAGAGUAACCUGCCGCUCACCGAGAUCAACAAAAUUCUCAAAAACAUGGAGAGUAAAAAGCUCAUUAAAGCUGUCAAGUCUGUUGCUGCUUCAAAGAAGAAGGUGUACAUGCUAUAUAACUUGCAACCGGACCGAUCAGUUACAGGAGGAGCUUGGUACAGUGACCAGGAUUUUGAGUCUGAGUUUGUAGAAGUGCUGAACCAGCAAUGCUUCAAAUUCUUACAGAAUAAGGCAGAGGUGGCACGUGAGAGCAAACAAAGUCCCAUGGUACAAAGGAACAGCUCAUUUGCUUCCUCUCAUGAAGUGUGGAAAUACAUCUGUGAAUUGGGCAUCAGCAAGGUGGAGCUAUCCAUGGAAGAUAUUGAAACCAUUUUGAACACAUUGAUCUAUGAUGGGAAGGUAGAGGUGACCAUCAUUGCUGCAAAGGAAGGCACGGUUGGUAGUGUGGAUGGGCAAAUGAAGUUGUUCAGAGCAGUUAAUCCCAUCAUUCAACCCACUGGCCUUGUGCGAACACCAUGUGGAAUGUGUCCAGUAUUUGAUGAUUGUCAUGAAGGUGGGGACAUUUCUCCAGCAACAUGCAUCUAUAUGACAGAAUGGCUACAAUUUUAACUGUUGUUGUGGUAGCAAAAGGAACAAUGGACCACCUGAAAGGGCAGACCGUGUGCCCAAGGAUAUUUAACAAUACACAGAAGAAAUUGCAGAGUCAACUCUACAAUGCUCAGUGUGAGAAGAUAAUGGGGGAAUAGAACUUGUAAAUGUUUGCAAUGCAGAACAACGAAGAGGAAGAUCAUAUUUUUUAAGAUUUAAUUUAUUUCUUAUACCUUCAAAAUAGCUGGCUUGUAUUCUCCUUUUUCAAGUGAAAGGUGUUAUAUAAAUGCAAAAACAAGUAUGAAAUG